UUGGAGAUUGCAGUCACGGGGUUCUAUUAAAGGGGAGGGGGUUCACGAGGGAGAAGCCACAACAUUCCACUUCCCAACCCUCAUCCAUCACGACCAUGCUGCUUCUCCUCCUUCUCCUGGCUCUGGUGGUCGGCAAAGAGGCGCAACCCCUGAAUGGCAAUGGACUGCGGUCACUGCACAAACGUUUCGUGAAUUCAUAUGACAACCCCAUCGACUUCUCUUGUCCCGAUCACCAGUCCAUCUACCUCAUUUACAGCAUCGAAAACAGAUAUUUCAAGGACCGGCUGUGGGACUUCUACUGCAAGCCGACAUUCGACACGAGCCACUCCAUCUCCUCCCAAAAGGGCGACUACGUGAACGCUUUCGACGGGGAGGUUAACUUCACCUGCCCCGUCAACUCCGUGGUCACGGCUAUAGGGAGCUACCAUGACAACUGGGCGGAGGAUCGCAGAUGGAAGUUCACCUGCACCAUGCAGGCCGGCGUCUGCAUGGAUGUGUGCCAGUGGACCGACUACCUCAACGACUUCCACUUGCUGCUCUUCUGGGUCGCCCCGGACGUCCAUUACCUGACCGGGGUGCACAGCUACCACUGCAAUGUCGCCGAAGACCGCCGCUGGAAAUUCCAGUACUGCUCCAAGGUGUCGUGCAGAACCAGCUACUAAGCGUCGGGUGGUCAGGGAUGAUGCAGUGGAGUUUAUUUCUACAAAUGCGCUCUUACUUUUCAUGGCAUUUGUCGCGUGCAUUAACUGUUAUGCAUCACAGCUUUUCAACUUGCACCGAGCGUCUUAUGAGGUUGGUUCAAAGUUAAGGAGCACUUUUGUUUCUUAGAAACGUUGAAAGCAAAGUGGAAGUGCGUACAUCUGACACUCAAUUGAUAGCAAUGUUAUACAUACAAAACAUUAAACAACACAUUAAACGCAUGGGCAGAUUUAUGAGCACAGUUCAGGAUCAGGCUGCUCAUUAUGUUCGACAAAAUGUGAAAGUGUAACCGAUUUAACCCUGUUUUUUAAAGCGUUCUGCUACGUAUACGUAUUUGUCCCGUCGGUGUUGAGAUGCCUUGAUGUCAAAUGAGUGGAAGUUUUUAGUAGCGUGCCUUUGCUUUCACAUGAUCGACACUCUACCGAACUCACUGCUCAACCACACAUCUGCAACAGAGACACGCAUCAGCAAACUCGUGCAAAUGUCACUUCAUCACACGACGCUUGCUGUCCCCGCCAAUAAAAGUUUGCUGCCAUCUUGGAAACACCAAGACUGCUUUGUACAGCUGUGGUGUACUAACUACAGAGGAGUUGCCAAAUGUUGCAACUACGAAGCCACAAAGCUCCAGUGGCUCACCCACCCCUCCCUACUGUCUCCACAUGGACAUGCAUAACCAAACUGCGCAGUCAACUUCCUGUAAAUUUCAAAUUAAUCACAAACUGCUCCACGCGCCUGAUGAUUGGUCAAGUGGCUUUGAUUUAUCAUCGAUUGUACCGAUUCAA